UCCUCCUGUGCGAUAGGGGGCAGCAUUACUUUUUUAGUGUCUAUGUUGGGGAAUUUCAAGCGGAAAUAAACCUUCGGUCUUUUUCCGCCGAAGCAGGCUGCAACGGGUAAGGCAAAAUGCAGAUCUUUGUGAAAACGCUGACUGGGAAAACCAUCACCCUCGAAGUUGAGCCCAGCGACACCAUCGAGCAUGUCAAAGCCAAGAUACAGGACAAAGAAGGUAUUCCUCCCGACCAGCAGCGUCUGAUUUUCGCUGGCAAACAGCUGGAAGAUGGCCGCACGCUGUCAGAUUAUAACAUUCAAAAAGAGUCUACUCUCCACCUGGUGCUGCGUUUGAGAGGAGGCAUUAUUGAGCCUUCCCUCCGGCAGCUGGCUCAGAAGUACAACUGCGAGAAGAUGAUCUGCCGCAAGUGCUAUGCACGCCUCCACCCACGAGCGGUCAACUGCCGCAAGAAGAAAUGUGGGCACACCAACAACCUGCGGCCCAAGAAGAAGCUGAAGUGAACUGUAGUACUUGUGCUACGAGAGUGGGGAUUACUUGUGGAGGAACUGAGUCAUGGCAGGGAUAAUUUGAAUGGGGAUUAUUACCAAUAAAACCUUUACAAAUAA